AGGAGUUAACUUUCCGGUUAGCAGAAGGAGAUUUUCGCAAUAGAGGAGAAUUAGUACUACUAAGAGAUGAUUUAACGCGGGUUAAUCAGGUUCUUAGUAUUAAUAAUCCUCGAAUUCAAGAUUUUGAAGCUCAAAAGGUCAAAAAUGAGAGGAUUGUAAAAAAAUGUAAAGAGUUAUUGAAGGAGUUAGAAUAA